CUUCCCAGAGAGACUUCUCAAAGCUGGCCAAAGCGGUACUUCUUCAGCAGCCUAACGCCAACAUCCUGGAAGACUUUACACAUCGUGAAGUUGCUGGAGCUGUAAAAUAGAAAAAAACAAAUAAAACGACGCGGGAGAGAAGAAUUCAAGCCAAAGAGACAGCCACACAGAAGACUUAAAGCCUUUCUCUUUAAGAAAAAAAAAAAAACACACCCAAGUGCAGUUUGAAGUAAUUUCUACGGAGCAAAAACCUCCAAGAUGACUGACUUCUGAGCGAAACCCACUGGGGGACCCCGAGGAGCAACUUCUUAUAUCGCCGUCAACUUUAACAACCGAGAAAGACAAAGAAAAAGACGAAUAUUUACGUCGCAGCCAUGGACUCAGGAAAGCGGAUAACGUUUCCGUUGAUGUUGAGUGUGGGAACGGCUGUGAUCGGCUCUCUGCAGUUUGGCUACAACUCCGGUGUCAUCAAUGCCCCUCAAAAGAUCAUUGAGAGGUUCAUCAAUGAGACGUAUUUUGAGCGCUACCAGGAGCAGAUCUCCAAGACCACCCUCACGGCCAUCUGGUCCCUCGCCGUCUCCAUCUUCUCUGUUGGUGGCAUCGUUGGCUCCUUCUCCGUCGGACUCUUUGUCAACCGCUUUGGAAGGAGGAACUCUAUGCUCAUGGCCAAUGUCCUAGCCUUCAUCGCAGCCGCUCUGAUGGGCUUUUCAAAGAUGGCCAACUCCUGGGAAAUGCUGAUUGUUGGUCGUUUUGUGGUGGGCCUCUACUCCGGCCUCUCCACAGGCUUAGUGCCAAUGUAUGUGGGUGAGAUUUCCCCGACAGCCCUACGAGGAGCCCUGGGCACCUUCCACCAGCUGGGCAUCGUUGUCGGCAUCCUGAUUGCACAGGUGUUUGGAUUGGAGUCAAUCAUGGGCAACGACGACCUGUGGCCGCUCCUCUUGGGCUUCAUCUUCAUCCUUGCUUUGAUACAGUGCAUCCUGCUGCCUCUCUGCCCCAAGAGCCCUCGUUUCCUGCUCAUCAACAGGAACGAAGAGAACAAGGCCAAGGCCGUGUUGAAGAAGCUCAGAGGCACCACAGAUGUGAGCUCUGACAUGCAGGAGAUGAAGGAAGAGAGCCGACAGAUGAAGAGGGAGAAGAAGGUGACCAUCCCGGAGCUUUUCCGCUCGCACCUCUACCGCCAGCCCAUCCUGAUUGCUAUCGUGCUGCAGCUGUCUCAGCAGCUGUCUGGCAUCAACGCUGUAUUCUACUACUCCACUCGUAUCUUUGAGAAAGCCGGAGUUGAGCAGCCUGUCUAUGCCACCAUUGGAGCCGGUGUAGUUAACACAGCUUUUACUGUGGUGUCGCUGUUCAUCGUAGAGCGUGCAGGGCGUAGGUCUCUGCACAUGCUGGGGCUGCUGGGAAUGGCUGCGUCUGCUGUCUUAAUGACUAUUGCCAUGGCUCUGCUGGACCAGCUCAAAUGGAUGUCAUAUUUAAGCAUUGUGGCCAUUUUUGCCUUUGUCGCGUUCUUCGAGCUGGGACCGGGUCCCAUCCCCUGGUUCAUCGUGGCAGAGCUGUUCUCACAGGGACCCCGGCCUUCGGCCUUUGCUGUUGCUGGUUUCUCCAACUGGACUGCUAAUUUCAUUGUGGGAAUGACUUUCCAGUAUGUAGAGGAACUGUGCGGCCCCUACGUGUUUAUCAUCUUCACUGUGCUGCUGCUCUUUUUCUUCGUCUUCACCUACUUCAAAGUACCGGAGACCAAGGGCCGGACGUUUGACGAGAUCUCGUCCGGCUUCCGCCAGACGGCUGCCACCGGAGGAGUAAAGCACUCGCCGGAGGAGCUCAACAGCCUGGGAGCAGAUUCUCAGCUCUGAGUGACCGAUCUUCUAACAAACUCUUUCUCAGGCCCAGGAGGGGACGAGAAGAGUCUACUAUCUAGAAGUAGACACAACCGUUGGUAGAAUCAUUUUCACACUCGUCACCACAUUUUGAACGUCAUCACCAAAACACAGAGACAGCCCUGCGGGGUUCUCCGACAUGACGUCCUCUGCUGCCCCUCUCAUGAUGUCACCCACACACAAACAAAAACAAAAAAACUCGAUGGGCACUAUGUCGCCUGAUGUGAAGAGGGGAGUGGAGGAUAGAUGGGGAAGGAAAAGAAGUGUCUGCAUCAAUCAACCAACCUUUUUUUAAUCUCUUUUUUCACUGAAUAUACAUAUAUAUAACUGAUAUGUGCUUAUAGCUUGUUACCGUACAGUCAGUCUCAUUUUACGAGUGCUGUAGCUGUAGAGAUCAGUUCACUGUGCAAAAUACAUGUUUUUAUCAAUCCUACUGUAAAGCGGUAUCACUGUAGACCCGAGCACUGUAGACCCCGUCUCUCCCCAGCAGAUGGGGCACUGCCUUUAAAAAAGGUCUCCGUGCUCCACCGAUGAGAAAUAACUUAUUUGGACCUUUUUGUAGGUUACGGAGUACACAAACAGUGUUAUGUUGGUGUAUUGCUGUAAAGAUUUAGAUAUUCUUAAAGAAAUUUACUAGACUAUCACGUUAAUGCUGUUACUUACUUACUCCUGUUGGGAAAUAUUUUCCUCUUUUUAUCCAAUUCUUCUCUUGUUAGACA